GUGCGGGGUCGAAUGCCCGCAGUGCGGUGCCGAGAUGUCUGUGCGGGGGGCAUGGCUGCACCGCCGGGCUCCGGGCAGCCCCCCCCUCAGAGGGCUCAGGCUCAGAGAUAUGCAUCUGGGAGCUGCUGGGCACAGGUCACAGUGUUGGGCACACCGGGGAGCUGCAGUGCUUUGAGGACACCGCUCAGCCCCUGCCCUGCUUUGCCCUCUGUUCCUGUACCUUUGCCAGCUGUACCAGCCCGGGUCACACUGCUGGAGGUAUCAGUCCUUGGGAAAACGAGUUUCUAUUCCCAUUGUGAGGCAGGUGCACGAGGAAGGUGUGUCCUGGUCAUGAACCACUUGCAGCGCGCCUGGCCCGGUGCCUUUGCUCAGCUCCCAGCUGGGAGGCGCAGGCCAAACUGAGCCCCCAGGCCCACCAGCAUUCUCCCAGCUGUGUGCUGUGCGGUUUGGGAUCCCCAGCUCAGGGGCACAUGGGGAGCUGCUGGGUGCGGUAUGGCCAGCCUGUGCGGGGUAUGUGAGUGCUGGAGUUCGAGCUCCCAGCGCACACCUGUUAAUGCAGCCCUGGGCUUUGAGAGGCAGGGGAGUUCCUCCCUGGCUCUGAGGACCCCCAGCUGCGAUGCCGUGCUCUCCCUGCCUGCACAGGGGGCCCUGGCUGUGCCCUUGCUGAGGGCCAGCACCCGCCCUGCUGCACUGCCUUCCCUAUGGUGAGGUGGGGAUGCGGCUGCUGGCUGUGACCCCUCUCUGUCCCUCCUUUUGCAGGGCCACACCGCUGCCCUGGAGGGAUGCCGGGAGCCCUGGCCCGGAGCCAUGCCCGCUCCUGUGCCCAUCCCUGGAGGUGCAGCCCUGAGCUCCCGCAGUGCCCCAGUGCUUGGGAUUAGCGCAGCUGCAGUGUGGGGAGGCGGGUGGGUGGAAGGCUCAUCCUGAGCCUCAUGGUCUUUUAAUUGUUCACCCAUUAACUUGGACUAAUAAACCCUGUGGAAGCAAGAGGCUAAAAGCCGUGCCAGCCCAGCACAGCUCCUCUGCACGCCGCUCCGCAGCCUCGCCAUGGCAGCCGGCUUCUUCAUCAGCAAGAGUGUGGGCAUCGUGGGCAUCGUGCUGGCGCUGGGUGCCGUGGCCACCAUCAUUGCGCUGUCUGUGGUGUAUGCACAGGAGAAGAACAAAUCAUCAGGAGGCAGCGGCAGCACCGACACCACCACCACCACCACCACCACUGCCAGCACCACCACUGCCCCCGACAACCCCUGGAACCGCUGGCGGCUGCCGACGGCGCUGAAGCCGGAGAGCUACGAGGUGACGCUGCAGCCCUUCCUGACGCCUGAUGCCAACAACAUGUACAUCUUUAGGGGCAACAGCAGCGUGGUCUUCACCUGCGAGGAAGCCACCGACCUGAUCCUGAUCCACAGCAACAAGCUGAACUACACGCUGCAGAAUGGCUUCCACGCCUCGCUGCACGCGGUGAACGGCUCCACACCGCCCGCCAUCAGCAACACGUGGCUGGAGACCAACACGCAGUACCUGGUGGUGCAGCUGGCCGGGCCGCUGCAGCAGGGCCAGAGCUACCGCCUCUUCAGCAACUUCACCGGGGAGCUGGCUGACGAUCUGGCUGGAUUCUACCGCAGCGAGUACACCGAGGGCAACGUCACCAAGGUGGUGGCCACCACACAGAUGCAGGCCCCUGAUGCGAGAAAAGCCUUCCCCUGCUUUGAUGAGCCGGCCAUGAAGGCCGUCUUCACGGUGACGAUGAUCCACCCCUCCGAUCACAAGGCCAUCUCCAACAUGCCUGCCAACAACACCUACCAGCUGGAGAUGGAUGGGCAGAGCUGGAACGUCACCCAGUUCAACCCCACGCCCAAGAUGUCCACCUACCUGCUGGCCUUCAUCGUCAGCCAGUUUAACUACAUAGAAGACAACACUGGGGAGGUGCAGAUCCGCAUCUGGGGCCGCCCCGCAGCCAUCGCUGAAGGGCAGGGCGAAUACGCGCUCGAAAAGACCGGACCCAUCCUCAGCUUCUUUGAGAGGCACUACAACACGGCAUACCCGCUGCCCAAGUCCGAUCAGGUCGCCCUGCCCGACUUCAACGCGGGCGCGAUGGAGAACUGGGGACUGGUCACCUACCGGGAGAACGCGCUGCUCUAUGACAAUGCCUACUCCUCCAUUGCCAACAAGGAGCGCGUGGUGACCGUCAUCGCCCACGAGCUGGCCCAUCAGUGGUUUGGGAACCUGGUGACGCUGCGGUGGUGGAAUGACCUGUGGUUGAACGAGGGCUUUGCCUCCUACGUGGAGUACCUGGGCGCAGACUCAGCAGAGCCCACCUGGAACAUUAAAGACCUGAUGGUACUGAAUGAAUUGCACUCGGUGAUGGCGACCGAUGCCCUGACCACCUCCCACCCGCUCACCUUCAGCGAGGAUGAGAUCAACACUCCAGCAGAGAUCAGCGAGGUCUUUGACAGCAUCGCCUACAGCAAGGGAGCAUCGGUGCUGCGGAUGCUCUCUGACUUCCUCACUGAAGACGUGUUCAAGGAGGGGCUGCAGUCCUACCUCCACACCUUUGCCUACGGAAACACCGUGUACACAGACCUGUGGGACCACCUGCAGGAGGCUGUCAACAACAACAGCGUGCCUCUGCCCAACACCAUCAGUGACAUCAUGGACCGCUGGACGCUGCAGAUGGGUUUCCCUUUGGUGACUGUCAACACACUCAAUGGCAGCAUCAAGCAGAGCCACUUCCUUCUCGACUCCAACUCCACAGUGGAGAGACCUUCCGUGUUCGACUACACCUGGAUUGUCCCCAUCACCUGGAUGACGCCUAGCAGAACUGGGGACAGGUAUUGGCUGGUGAACGUCUCAGACACCAACACCGACUUCAGUGUGGGCAGCUCCACCUGGCUCCUGCUGAACCUCAACGUCAGCGGCUACUUCCGCGUCAACUACAACCAGGAGAACUGGGAUCAGCUCCUGCAGCAGCUCUCCGACAACCACCAGGUCAUCCCCGUCAUCAACCGGGCGCAGAUCAUCGAUGAUGCCUUCAACCUGGCCAGGGCACUGCAAGUCGAUGUGACGUUGGCACUGAAUACCACGCGCUUCCUGAGCAGGGAGACAGAGUACAUGCCUUGGCAGGCAGCGCUCAGCAACCUGCAGUACUUCCAGCUGAUGUUCGACCGCAGCGAAGUGUUCGGGCCCAUGAGGAAAUACAUCCAGAAGCAAGUGACUCCGCUCUUUGAGCACUACAAGAGCAUCACCAGCAACUGGACAACCAUCCCCGUCAACCUGAUGGAUCAGUACAACGAGGUCAAUGCCAUCAGCACAGCCUGCUCCUACGGCAUCACUGAGUGCCAGAAGCUGGCCACCGACCUCUUCAACCAGUGGAAGAACAAUGUCAGCAACAACCCCAUCACCCCGAACCUGCGCUCCGCCAUCUACUGCAGCGCCGUGGCCACAGGCGGGGAGGAGGCGUGGGACUUCAUAUGGGAGCGCUUCCUCGAGGCUCCUGUGGUGUCCGAGGCCGACAAGCUGCGCACAGCCCUGACCUGCAGCACUGAACCCUGGAUCCUCCAGCGGUACCUGCAGUACACCCUUGACUCCACCAAGAUCCGCAGGCAGGACGCCACCUCCACCAUCAACAGCAUCGCCAGCAACGUGGUGGGGCAGCCGCUGGCCUGGGACUUCAUCCGAGGCAACUGGAAGACACUUUUCAGCCAGUACGGCGGUGGCUCCUUCUCUUUCUCCCGGCUGAUUACAGCCGUCACCCAACGCUUCAACACGGAGUUUGAGCUGCAGCAGCUGGAGCAGUUCAAGGCAGACAACCAGGACGUCGGCUUCGGCUCGGGGACGCGCGCCUUGGAGCAGGCGCUGGAGCGGACCAGGACCAACAUCAACUGGGUGAAUGAGAACAAGGAGGUCGUGCUCGCCUGGUUCAGCGCCGAGACCGCCUCCAGCUAAGUCUGCUCUGCGCACCGCCGCGCCGCGGGGUCCGCCGUCGCUCCCCGAAGCCGCU